CUCACACAAGCGCAAAAAACCAAAUUUAAUAAUUUCACAAUCUUUAAAGUUUAUUCUGUAUCAAUUUCGUCCUCCUCCUCCUAGGGUUUCUACAUUUUCUCGUUUUUCCCAUUUCUGGAAACCGUCUUCUGGUUCCUUGGGGUGAAAUGGAGGAGAGAGAAGAAGCGUACCAGAGGAAAGAGCGAGCUUCACUUGUAGCCAUCGUUGUUCUUGCUUGCCUUGCUGUUUCAUCUCUGUUCGUCGCUUUUAGUUACUACUGCUAUAUCCGUAACAAAGUUUCCAAGCGUCACAGAAUCAACAAGAAGUUUAACUGCGAAGAGAAAGGUGAUUGUCAAGAUGGAAAACAAGAAGUUACUGACAAGGAAAUGCAUGUUUUCACUUUCAAGCAGCUACACUCAGCUACAUGUGGGUUUAGCAAGUCGAAUGUUGUCGGUCAUGGUGGGGGGUUUGGCCUGGUUUAUCGUGGUGUGCUUAACGACGGGAGAAAAGUUGCUAUCAAGUUUAUGGAUAAUAAUGCAGGAAAGCAAGGUGGAGAAGAGUUCAAGAUGGAGGUUGAGUUACUGAGCCGUCUGCGUUCACCUUACUUGUUGUCUCUUCUUGGUUAUUGCUCAGACAAUAGUCACAAACUGCUUGUGUAUGAGUUCAUGGCUAAUGGCGGUCUACAGAAACACCUCUAUCCUAUUAUCAGGUCUGGUUCUGUCCCAUUGAGAUUAGAUUGGGAAACUCGGAUGAGAAUAGCUCUGGAAGCUGCAAAAGGCUUGGAAUAUCUCCAUGAACAAGUAUCACCUCCUGUGAUUCACAGAGACUUCAAGAGCAGCAAUGUUCUGCUGGAUAGAGACUUCCAUGCCAAAGUCUCGGACUUCGGAUUGGCUAAAGUAGGGUCAGAUAAAGCUGGUGGACAUGUCUCUACUCGUGUACUAGGGACGCAAGGAUAUGUUGCUCCUGAGUAUGCUUUAACCGGCCACUUGACUACAAAAUCAGAUGUGUAUAGCUACGGCAUUGUCCUGUUAGAGUUACUAACCGGGAGGGUUCCAGUGGAUAUGAAGAGAGCUACUGGAGAAGGAGUUCUUGUUUCUUGGGCUUUGCCUCAACUGGCUGAGAGAGACAAAGUGGUGGACGUAAUGGAUCCAACACUGGAAGGACAGUACUCGACCAAAGAGGUUGUUCAAGUUGCAGCAAUAGCAGCAAUGUGUGUUCAAGAAGAAGCUGAUUACAGACCGUUGAUGGCAGAUGUGGUGAAGUCUCUGGUUCCUUUAGUGAGAAGCCGUGGGUCAGGUUCAAAGCUUAGUGGCUGCUCUCCUAACUCACCCGGUAAAGCAAGCGUCGGUUCUCAAUAAAAUCAAAGAAAACUAACAAGAUGUGUUUCUUUUAUAUUGUCAAAUCAGUGUAUAAUGUAACGCUUAACUUUUUCAAGCGAUGAUCAAAUAAUGGAACAAUCACUUUCGAAUCCA